UGCUGUUUUAUUCCAAUUAUUUCAACCCCGUGAUCAUUUUGAUAGUCUCUCUAGCAACAAACGCUGAAAAAAUUUUUAAAAAAAAUGGAAAAGAAUCACCAAAAGCCUCAUGCUAUCAUGAUUGCUUACCCUCUCCAGGGCCAUGUAAUCCCCUCUGUUCAGCUUGCCAUGAAGCUUGCAUCGAAAGGCUUCACCAUCACUUUCGUCAACACUCAAUCCAUCCACCACCAAAUAACCAAAUCCCAUCCCAACACCACCACUUCUGACGCCGAGGACAUCUUCACCGAGGCACGUAAAUCAGGUCUCGACAUACGUUACAACGUGGUCAGCGAUGGUUUCCCACUUGGGUUCGACCGUUCCCUCAACCAUGACCAGUUCUUAGAAGGUGUUUUACAUGUCAUGUCCGCUCACAUAGAUGAACUUGUGGCCAACACAAUCAAAACAGACCCUCCUCCAACUUGUUUGAUAGCCGACACCUUCUUUGUCUGGUCCUCCAUGAUAUCAAACAAGUAUAACCUGGUUAAUGUUUCCUUCUGGACUGAACCAGCUUUGGUCUUCACUCUUUACUACCACCUCGACCUACUCAGAAGCAAUGGUCACUUUGCUUCCAUUGAUAAUCGUGAUGAUGUCAUCGAUUACAUCCCGGGGGUUCGAGCUGUAGAACCAAAGGAUUUGAUGUCAUAUCUCCAAGCUUCUGAUAUAUCAACGGUGGUGCAUCGUAUAAUCUUCAAGGCAUUCGAGGACGUGAAGAAGGCAGAUUUCAUUAUUUGUAACACGGUGCAAGAGCUUGAACAUGAAACCAUCUCAGCCUUAAAUAAAAAGCAACCGACUUAUGCAAUCGGGCCCAUUUUCCGAACUGGGUUCACCAAGAGUGUUGUGGCUACGAGCUUGUGGUCGGAGUCUGACUGCACCCAAUGGCUCGACACAAAGCGUAAUGGGUCAGUUUUGUAUAUCUCGUUUGGUAGCUAUGCUCAUGCUAGUAAAAACGAUAUUGCGGAAAUAGCCCAUGGACUUUUGCUUAGUGGGGUGAGUUUUAUUUGGGUGCUUCGCCCUGAUAUUGUGUGCUCCGGUGAAACUGAUUUCUUACCCGUUGGGUUUGAGGAAAAUAUCAAAGGAACGGGUAUGAUCGUGCCAUGGUGCUGCCAAAUUGCUGUGAUCUCACAUCCAGCGGUUGGAGGAUUCUUAACUCAUUGUGGGUGGAAUUCUAUACUGGAAAGUGUAUGGUGCACCGUACCAUUGAUUUGUUUCCCUUUGUUAACCGAUCAAUUCACUAAUAGAAAACUAGCGGUUGAUGAUUGGAAAAUUGGACUUAAUCUUUCUGAUAAGAAGCAAAUCAACCGAGAUGAGGUUGUGGAGAAGAUCCACCGUUUGAUCAGUCGAAAGUCAGGUGAUGAUUUAAGGAAGAAUAUCAAGGAGGCAAAAAAGAAGCUAGAGAAUGCAUUGUCAACCGUUGGAUCGUCUGAAGAAAAUUUCAACCAAUUCAUCUGCGACGUGCAGAUCAAAACUAAGAAGAAACGUGCGUCCGCCAAUCAUGCUUAGAUUAUGUUUACGUAGCCAUCGGUCUAUGUUGUAGAAUUAAUUAAAAUAAAUACCAAUAUAUAAAUAAAUCUAUUAUUAAUUUAUUA